CUCGACUAGCGAUGGAAAUGGCUCUAAUCAGAAUAAACGAACGCUGGAGGGAAUGGUAUUUGACAGAAAAAGAAAAUUCAUGCGCGUGCGCGGAAUGUACGUAAAGUGUCAAGUUUAUUUUGAAAAUUCUGAUUUAAUUAUUUUAUAUUUUUUGGGAACUAUAUGUCUAAUAUUUGCUAUAAGACUGCUAUAUUACAAUUUAACUGAUCACUAUUCAUAAUCACAAACAUUUAUUGUAUUGGAGUUUUAUUUUUAAUUAUUAAAAUCAGGGGAUGCAUAUUCCUAACCUAUAUAGUUCAAAUUUUAACGGAAAAAUACAAACCAAGUUUCUGUAGUAGCAGGUAGUAGUAUUUAAUUUUAAUUUGGAAUUUGGAGAAAUAAACAUUUGAUUAGUAAAUAUGGAAACGUCAAAUAAUGGUAGUAUUGUAAGCCAACCUUCUACCUGUUUAAAAAUGAGAGAAAUCGUUGAAAUCAUAAACGAAUAUAAAAAGUCUAGAACAGAAAGUAGUGCUCUUCUAAUAAAUAAGUUUUUACAGGCGUAUAGUGUUACAAUAGAUGUGAGCGUUUUUGAGCCAGAUACCAAUCUUGGUGCUCAGUUUUAUGUUAGUUUAUAUGAAUUAUUAUUUACAAAUGUCGAUCCACAAUCGAAAAUGGCAUGGAACUGCGUGGAUGUACUUUGCAAUGCAUGUAGAAAUAGUUCUGCAAAACAAGCUCUUAUAGAUACUUAUCAGUUUGUACCUAUAUUAUCUCGAAUGUUAGGGGAUCAAUUGGAUAAUUUGAAUAAAAAGAAACUAUUGAUACUUUUACAGGAUUUGACUUGCGGAAUUAAGAUCACAUGGCAAGUUUCACAUUUACCACAUUUGUUUAAAACUCUGACUAAAUGGAUUGAAGAUAAAGAUCAGGAUAUAGUAUGCCUUUCUCUCAGUGUUAUAGUAAAUAUUUGUUUCAAAAAUAUAUGUGCUGUGUACACUCUGUCCAGAAUCGUUGAUAUUAAAAAAUUUUUGAGGUUUUGUCUAGCGUUGCAGGGCCCUCUUGUAGGAAUACACGUUUGUAAAUUAAUGAUAAUAUUGAACCAUUUAUAUGAUGACAUUCCAAGGAAGUCUUUACUAAAUCUAGUGACUCCUACUUUUGACUCUAUACACGAAUCAUUGACAAAAAAUGAUCCCGUAAUGCUCAGGUCAACAGUUGAUUUUUUUUCAGACAUGAUUAAAAAUGAAAAUAUAGGAAUCUUCAAGGAAUAUAGUCAUUAUAUUGAAAAUGUAAAUGAUUUAAUUCAGUUAAUUAAUUCAAGAAAAACAUUAGAUCCAGAUGCCACUCCUCUUCCUCCCUAUGAUUUGGAAUGUAUGACACAUAUUUUAAAAUUCAUAUAUACCUUAGAAUUAUAUAAAUUGGCAGAUUUAUCUCCGAUGUACCAAAAGAUUUUAAAAUUCACUUUAGAGUGGAUAGCACCAGAGAAAACUUCUUAUCAAGCCAAUAUUUUACUUACCACAAUAACUCAAAAUUUGUCAGAAACUGAUGAUAAUAAAAAACUUUUAAAUCUAUUGGCAUCUAAGUUACCAACGUUCUUGAGCAUUCUUGAAAGUGCCUCUACUCCAGUUAACAUGGACGAUUGCAAAAGAUUAGCAUCUUUGUUACAACUAUUGAGGAUGAUGCUUAAAUCGAGUUCCAUAUCCGAAAGCGUCUUAAAUGCGCUGAAGCAAGAACUGCUGAUGAGUAUAUUUUCGCCUGUUCUUUAUGAAGACUUAAAUACUGUGAAUUUUCCGAGGCUGAAAGUAAAUGAAGACAAUACUACAACUACGUCCUAUGUGGAUGCUUACAUUUAUGCUGUGGGUUUAGUUUAUGAAGUUGCUCAAUACGAUGCACGGUGGUUAGAAAUGCUCAGUGUUUUGAUGGACAGCAAGAACAUACAAACAUUAUUGGCGUUGGCACUCUCAGGAAGUAACUGUAAGGUGAAGCAACUGGUGUUAGAAUUGUCUAAAAACUCGAGGUUUCCUAUUGAAAAGGUGGCUGCUUCAAUGGAGGUACAACAAAAUAUGUUUAUCAGUAAUACGAAUCAUAUCUGUAACCAAUCUAAUGCUCAGACUUCGUUUAAUCCUCCAAUCUAUCCAGUUUUGGGUUAUAGCCAAAUCGAGAUGUUUGAUGACGUCCUCAAGAGUUUAAAGAGAUCAGUUCAAGAGCAGAAUAUUACCAACGAAUCUUUUGGUCAGGUAAUGGAGUUAUAUGAAUACAAAAUGGCAUCCAUGUCGCACGCAGAACUAUCCGCAGCAAAUGCUCUGAAAGCCUCAAAUGAUAGGUGUAUCAACUUGGAACAUCGUCUGGCUCAGUUAUCAGCCGAACACAAUAAAUUCGGGCAAGUUAUACAACAUUACGAGAAGAAGCUGGAGAAGGGCGAAAAGGCCAUGACCAAUUUAAAAACUUACUUUAUGGACGAUAGUAAAAAGUAUGAAACGGAAAUAGCCAAAAGGGAUAAAUUAAUAUCCGAAAUUGAAAAAAGACUGGAGGACUAUAAGACUGAACUCUCACAAAUCACUGAUCAAAAACAUAGUUUAGAGGAGCAGCUGACAAAAUGUGAAAACCUUAUUAAAAAAUUGGAAGAAACCGGAAACAAAGUGGAAAAAAAAUUGGAAACGAGAGAGCAACAAUUGAAAAACGCCAAUUUGCAUAUUGAUGGAUUAAAUGUGCAAAUAAAAGACUUGAGAAAAAUGUUGGACCAAAAAGAAUCCAAAUUGGCGGAAUUGACCAAAAAUUAUCUAGCUACAAAGGAAAUAUUGGGAACGAUAACUAAGAUGGCGGCAUCGCAAAAUAACAUGGCGUGACCUGAUAGGAUAGUUUUAAACUUUUUUUUUUAUAAAAUUGACUCUCUAUAAUUAUUAGGAAAGGGGCCGUUCAAGUAUUACGUAAGCAAACUUUCAAUGAUCUUUAGGUCCAAAAAUAAGAAAAUCGUAAACCCCCUCACCUAUAUGAUAAGAUGUAAGAUUGUAUAUGUGCGCUUACGUAAUACUUGUACGCUCCGCACAUAUAAAACUGUGAUGUAUUUUUAUAAGCAUGUAAUUUUAACAGUAUUUUUUUUAUAUUGAUUCGAAUAUUUUGCUUUCGUUGCCGGCGACAUCAAAACUUUACCAAACGUCCAUGACUUUAUAGUUUCCUUCUCAUUAAUCAAGACAUUAGA